AUGGCUCCGCUGGCCGAGGUGGGCGGCUUCCUGGGCGGCCUGGACGGCCUGGGCCAGCCGGUGGGUGCCCACUUCUUGCUGCCGCCCGCCGGGGAGCGCCCGGCGCUGCUCGGGGACCGCCGCGCCCCGGCCGAGCGCGGGGACCGGCGCGCCCCGGCUGCGGCAGCGGCGGCGGACCUGGCGCACUUGCAGGGCAUCCUGCGGCGGCGGCAGCUGUACUGUCGCACCGGCUUCCACCUGCAGAUCCUGCCCGACGGCAGCGUGCGAGGCACCCGCCAGGACCACAGCCUCUUCGGUAUCCUUGAAUUCAUCAGUGUGGCAGUGGGACUGGUCAGUAUUAGAGGUGUGGACAGUGGCCUUUAUCUUGGAAUGAAUGAGAAGGGAGAACUCUAUGGCUCUGAGAAACUAACUUCUGAGUGCAUCUUCAGGGAACAAUUUGAGGAAAACUGGUACAACACUUACUCAUCCAAUGUCUACAAACAUGGGGAUUCAGGGCGGAGGUACUUUGUAGCACUUAAUAAAGACGGUACUCCCAGAGAUGGGGCAAGGUCCAAAAGACAUCAGAAAUUCACACAUUUCUUGCCCCGGCCUGUGGAUCCUGAGAGAGUUCCAGAACUGUACAAAGACGUGUUAGGAUACAGCUGAGGAAAGAGGCAGCUUUGGCAAAUAGGCAAACUGGAGCUGUUGGCCAUGCUUUCAUGGCGAUGCCAGCAUGAGGAACCUGCAGUGGUCUAGGAUGCUGGAUGUGAAGAACCCACUUGGUGAAAGCCAAGCCUCUGUUUUCUAACCACUGGAUUUAGGAGACAAAGCCUUGAAGAUAAGGGUGGACCAGCCUCCUCAAGACUUUCUGAAUGGUUUGGUAGCCAGUCACCAGGGGGAAGUGGAACUUCUUAAAACAUAGCCAGCUCCUGGCAAUUCUGUCUGGAUUACCUGUGGCCUGUAGAUUAGCAAGGAAAUAUCUAUGUUACAUGGAUGAGACAAUGCUGGAAGAAAUAGAAAGAAAUGGACUAUAAAUUUAUAAUAAAUCCUGAGAACUGUGUGUGAAGUUUUACAGUCUCCACUUUAGUGAUGGACAUUAGAUGUCAAUACAUAGUAGUCAAAACUGGAACUUUUCUUCAGGAUGGACCUAUUUAUAUAUCUCCAGAUAGCAUAUAUUUAUUUUAUAUAUUUAUUUAUU